CCAAAACACGCCACACAACACGAAUUGCGCACCUCCAACCAACAGCUCUCUCUCUCUCUUCCUCCUCACAAUAUUGCCACGCUGCUCCAACGACACAACGAACCAGCUCGCCAACUGCAAUCCCCACUCCCUCCCUGUCCAUCGCUCCCCAUCGAUUGAUCGGUGGUGUUAUUGCCACCCACAGGUGUACUGCAUUGGGCUGGCUGAACAAGUGGCUGCCCCCCCACGCACACACGAUCAAAACACAAUUGCGGGUCUUCCUUCGCCUGUGGUCGUUGCGCGCUGCUUUGUUGUUUGUGUUUUGUGAGCUUUUGGUUGACUCACAAAUCACACAUUCGUUUGAGUCGACGGUUGGUUGCUUGGUCGGUUGGCCAUUGACAAGCCAUGAUGCGGGUGGCCACGGCGACGGCCGCAAUAGCGGUUGUCAUGCUGGUGACUGUCUUGAGCGGUGCCCAGUCGCUGAACCUGCUGAACCAGUUUGUGCCGCACACCGAGAACGACAUUGAAGGGUUCACACUUUUCUCCUCCAGCUCCAACGAAGGCGCAGAGAAGUGCGCCCAGCUCUGCCUUGCUAACGACGAGUGCAAGUCCUUCACGUUGUCCGGCGCGAGCUGCUACUACAAGAAUGUGACCAUUGCAGAGGCUGGCUCGGCCUAUGUGACCAACCCAGACGCGCGUCUCUACGAGCGCCCUCAGACGAGCCCGCCAUCGCAUGCCACUUGCGGCACUGGAGAGUUUGCCGCGCACGCGAACCACCCGAGCUGGACGCCGAUUCGCUUCUUCAACGGCGAGGGCGACUGCGCAUGGCGUAUCACCGACGAGGGAUACAAGCUGUUUCUGCUGACGAGUCUCGAGAAGAACAGCGACGUCACGGUGACGGGAACAGAGUACGUGAUUUCGCUUGGUGCCGCAACUGGCCUCACACCCACCACGUGCAUCGUCUCAUUCCCUGACAUUCCACGCUCGACCAUGCAUGACUUGAACCUGACCACGCAUGACGUUAAUCACGACAUGACCGCAUCGCAUCAUGACAUGACGACAUUGCAUCAUGACAGGCUCUCCAACUGCGGUACGCGCGACUUCACCGUCACCUGUCCAGACUCCAUCACCGUGGUGCGUUUGGAUUCGGCGGACACGGUGUGUGUGCUGGGGCGGUGUGAAUGCAAAGAUCCACACGCGACGCUGUUUCACGGCGACUGCAUCAUUCGCCCCGCCCAGCCAGCCGACUUUCAGGUGACGAAGGUCGGUGACAGCGCUGUUCUUCGCUGGAACCGCCCCCAAUUUGACAACUCCGCCACGGGAUUCACGCUGCACCAGAAGUUGUGCAGCGGGGGCCUGCAGGAGGAGACGGACCUCGGCUACCCGUCCGUUCCGUUCAAUCCAGACAAGCUUCCCCUCUCGGAGUUUAUGUACACGCUGACGGAUGUGCCUCGCACGUGCUGGCUGUUCUCUGUGUUUGGGUACACCACCGGCGAUCUGGCGGGAUACCCGACGCGCACCAUCAGGGUCGACUUUUCAAGGAAUCCAUCACCAUCGCCACCAUCGCCACCAUCGCCACCAUCGCCGCCCUGGCCAUCGUGGUCGACGUGGUCUCAGCAGCACCCCACGCACCGCCCGACACACACGCACCCGCACACGUUCACGCCCGUCUCCCCGACGUCCUCGGCCUCUGGCGGCGAGAGCAGCAUUGCGCGGCCUGAGAUUAUUGCGACGUCGAUUGUCCUCUCCGUCAUUCUGUUUCUCCUCGGGGGCGCAAUCGCACUGUACCAGUUUGUGCAGUUCCGGCGUCGCGUGCGGCUGACGCGGUUUGACUUUGAUGCGGAAUUGGAGCACGUGGGGACCGACGGAGACGGCGGUGAAAUGCAGCAGCUGUUGCAGGAUGCGGCGGCUGCGCGUGUGUUUGUGGACGCGGACUCCGAUUCCAACGACGACACCGAUCAAGGCAACAGUGACAACAACGGCGCCGACGGCGACACGGAGGGUGGUGGAGAUGGCACGACCCCGGCUAACAAGAAAUCGUCGUCAUCGUCAUCGUCAUCGUCAUCGUCGUCGUCGUCGUCGUCAUCGUCGUCGUCAUCGUCGUCGCUGGUGCGGCGAACGAGCCAGCUGCUUGAGCAGAAGCGGCAGCAGCGCCGCAUGAUGCUGAUUGGCACGGGCGUGUUCGCCGUGGACCAGGCUGAGGACGGUGAGGGCGAUGAGGCAGGUGGUGGUGGCGGCGCGGGCCAGGACGCGUUCUCGCGCAUGGAGUCGCGGUUGCAGGAGCAGCAGCGGUUGCGGGAACGCCUGCGCGCUGAUGUGCUCUCACGCCAUCAGCAGGAACAGCAGCGGCAGCAGCAACAGCAGCAGCAUGAGACAACACAAGACCUCCACGCUGCCAGCACCGACUCGCAGCAGCAGCAGCAGCAAGAGUCAGAGGUGAUGCACACAUCCACUUCAUCAUCGUCGUCGUCGUCGUCGCCGUCGUCAUCGUCGUCAUCGUCGCCACUGGAUGCACAUGCUAGCACGUCGCAGUCAUCGCCGCCGCCGCCGCCUUCACAAUCGCAGAGACGAAGCAGCGCGGCGAGCAGCUGUGGUGGUGAUACUGCUGGUGAUGGAGGCAAUCCAGUGGGUGCACAGCGUGAUGGUGAUGGCGAUGGUGGCAAUGGUGGUGAUGGCGAUGAUGGCGAUGAUGAGGGCGCGAGAAUAGCAGAGCAGCCGGGUACUGUGGAUGGCGUCAAGUUUGUGCAAGGCGAUGACGAUGACGAUGACGAUGAUGAUGAUGAUGUUCUCAUGUUUGAAGAUGAAUGAGGUGUAUGUGCUGUAUGGCUCGUACAUGUACACUCGCGUGAUGGUGUUAUGGCUCACGUGUGCGUCACUGUUGGCGUGAAUGGAAUGGAGAGGAGAGGAGAGGAGAGGUGUUGUUUGAUGACGAUGAUGUGAAACGCUGCUGAUGGUGAUGCUGACGAUGAUGAUGGUGAUGGUGAUGGUGAUGACGUCGUAUCUUUACACUUGCGUUGACUUUUAAUCUCCUGAUGUGUUACAUUACAAGACUGUAUUGUUUUGCUGCCGGUGGUGGCUGGUUUCAACAAUGAUAAACAUCCCCAACCCUG